UCCCGGAACGGGUCUAAACGGGACCGCCGCCCCGGAGCCCGCCGGGGCCACCCGCGAGCCGUGCUUGGGAUAUGCGACGGGGAAACCCCGCCGCAGCGCAGGCAGCGGCCCCGCGGCGCCGGGCAGAGCCGGGGAGAGCCGGGCAGAGCCGGGAGAGCAGGGAGAGCAGAUUGACCCUUCAGAAAGGUCAUCAUCCCUGACUGAGUCUUCACACUGAGCUAAGACUGCUUCCCUGAGGGAACACUGCACCAGAGAGCUCUGAGAUUUUUCUGAAGAAAAAUUCCAUGGGGACUGUACCUGACCCUUUGAGAUCGGCUAAAACUUCCUUGAUCACAGCUUCUGGAAAAGAGGAGGAUCUAGGAGAAGUGCCACCUGCCUCACCUCGGCCUCCACCAGCCCUCCUGUGUAAGAACACCAAUGGCCUCUCUGGGCCUCCUGAAGAGCCAGUCCUCAGCCCCAGGGCAGCUGCUGAGGCCCUGAUGCAGGCCUAUGAGCAUGAGACCACCCAGCCGGACAUGUCUUCUCCUGGUAUCUUCAAUGAGGUGGAAAAAGUGUCUUCCGCGUGCAACUCUCCUGGCCAUACCCAGCUGCCAGGAAGCUGCGAGCCCACAGCACCAGCCCCGUGUUCUACAGCAGGAAAGGAUCUAGACGAAGCAUUGACCAUGCCAGCCAGUCAGCAUGCCUACCAGGCCAUCCCAGGUGCCCAGCUCAAGGCCAGCCCCUCAUCAGGACCUGAAGAUACACUGCUGAAAACACAGAGAACUUCCUCAGAAGGAGAGCAAGCUGAAACGUCAAGCUGUCCGGCGGGCAGCACCCGGGGCAACAGCGAAGCUCAAGUGCCCUGUGAUUUUCCUUCUCCAGAAACAAUCCAGGAAAUGGUACAAACUGCAAAUAUGGCAGCCAGGGCGUUCAUUCACACGUCCUCUCCUGUAGGCGGACCUGAAGGGGAAAGGCCAGGAGCUAUGUGUGACCCCCGGACAAGGUCCUGUGAACCUCCAGCAAGAGAGGAUGGAUGCUCUGGGAACAAACAGCCCCCUGCCACCACCUCGGACAGCCAGAGUGUGACUCCCGUGACAACUCAGCGAUCCCACCUCACUAGUCAAGGCUCCACGUUUCCUCCGGAUCUGGGAAAGGUGCCGCUGCCAGCGCAGCACCAGGUGUUAAGGUUCAAAGAAGCCAGUACAAUGACCAACCAAGCUGCAGGUGAGGUCAGGGAAGUUCCCGGCAGGGCUCAGCAAGACGCCGAGGUGCAGGCAGUGGCAAGUGUCGAGAGCAGAUCCGUCUCCACCAGCCCCAGCAUCCUCACAGCAUUCUUAAAGGAAAUGCCCGUUCCUGAGCGUUUGGAACCACAGGAGCAGCUUCGUGUCGUCUGCCGUGGGGCUGGCAGUGGGAGCCACACCGUGGAGCUGUCUGACAACCCCCUGGGCCCCCAGGAGCCAGGUCAGUGCCCAGGCAUCACACCGGAGGCGCACGGCCAGGCGCCCACUGCCGUUUCCACGGCUUUCCGAGGGGAAGGUAACUUGGAGAGGCUACCGGGGGAGGCCCUCACCGGGUCCCCGACCGCGUCGCCGACCGCGGCGGCGGCGGCGGCGGCGGCGGGUAACGCUCAGAGUAUGUGUAAGGAAGCCGGGAGGUCAGCAGGAAUGACCCCAACUAGGGAGGCGCCCACCUCCAAACAGCUCUCGAGUGUGAAGUCUCGCUCCCCGAAAGCCGGCGCCACCGACCAGAUCUCUGUCGGCGCCGGAAGUCACAGUGACACAAGCCACCAGCUGGGGGCCUCUGAAACCAAGCCGGCCGAGUUCGCGGUGGAAAGCGCAGAUGGCCACAGGGCAGACGCAGACCGCCCUGCCGAGAGCUGGGGCCUGGCCGGCCCGGCCGGCCCGCAGCCUGCCCCUCCUCAGACAGGAAACCGGCCAGCGCGUCGGGGCACCGAGAGCCUGGGCGGCGGGGCCGGGGCGGACGCCAAAACGCUGCUGCUCACCCCGAAGUCUCGGGAAGGUGGAGGCCCCGCGCCCGCCGCCGGUGCUACGCCGUCCGCCGGGAGGCGGGGCCAGGAGGCGGCGGCGGCGGCGGCGGCGGAAGAAGGCCGACCCGCCGCGGCGGCCGCCAGCCUGAGCCUGCCGUGUGACGCCGUGGGCGACUCCAGUCCGGGUUCCGGCAAGAGGACCCCUUCUCGCUUGGCCAAAGCCAGCCCGCGCCGCGCCAGCCGCGUCAGCGAGUUCCUCAGGGAGCAAAAGCUCAACGUGACGGCGGCCGCCGCGCAGGUGGGGCUCACCCCGGGAGAGAAGAAGAAGCAGCUCGGCCCCGACUCCAGGCUGCAGCUGAAACAGUCCAAGCGCGUCAGGGACGUGGUGUGGGAUGAGCAGGGCAUGACCUGGGAAGUGUACGGGGCCUCCCUGGACCCGGAGUCGCUGGGUAUCGCCAUCCAGAACCACCUGCAGAGACAGAUCCGGGAACACGAGAAAUUAAUCAAGGCGCAGAGCAGCCAGGCCCGCAGAUCCAUUUCCUCAGAUACUUCUUCAAAUAAGAAGCUCAAAGGAAGGCAGCACAGCGUGUUGCAGUCCGUGCUGCAGACCUUCCGCCGCCCCAACUGCUGCGUCCGCCCUGCCCCCUCCUCCGUGCUGGACUGAGGCGAGCGCGUCGGGCCUGGUCUGCGUCCGUGGUACCCCCGGGGGUCUCCCGGGGGUCUCGGGGUCCAGGCUUACCCAGGUUUCUCUUUCGUUUUCUUUUUCCGAGACACCAGAGAGAGGAAGCAAGGAUUAACGACCGGAAGUUGCUCUUAAGAACUGUUGGGUCCUUUGACUGGGGCUCCAUAAAUAGAAAUAGUUCAAGUGGAAAGAAAGAACAGGAGAAGAGGAGAAAGCUUCAGUGAAGGUUAACGACCUUAAUUAAGAGGAGAUAAUAUUCACUGGGUUGAUUAUUAUUAUUAUUAUUAUUACGAUGUUGCUUCUGGAACUAGCAUUAUUGUUACACGUAGGUCGUUCUGUAUGACCGCCUCGAUUUAUCACCCUGUGGCAUUGCCAAUAAAAUCCCCGCGUAAUAUUAAAAAUAGCAAAACCACUACUAGCGAAAACACUGUUAGGUCGUUCUAGUCGUAUUGCAAUGAGAGUGCUAUGACCACACAAAAUUUAAACAGAUGGUAAGAACUAUGAUAAAAAUGUGAAAACGGAUUUGACUCACUCUUAGGCCAGGUGACAUUAAGUAAAAGCAUUUAAAUGCAUAAAAUACCAAACAUGAAUUAAUAUUCGUAAACAUCAGCAGGCCAUUGUUUCUGUAAACCUUGUUACACCGUUAUCAAAUAUUAAGAAAGUUCUGUUAGUAAAGUUAACUAAGCUAUUGAAUAUGAAUAAUGCCCACAUAAAACAUGAAUUUAUAUAGACGGAUUUCCCUGCACUAGAAGGGAGGAACAACACUAUGCUUCUGACUAAAUUCGUAUUUCUUUACUCUGGAGAAAGUGCAAAAGUGGAAACUGUGAUCUCCCUACAAUGCAACUGAAUUCUUAGAAGGAGUCAUCGAAUUAUUAAUAAUACUAAGGUUUGUGUUGUACAGGUGUUCUCCAAAAACAUUCAACUGAGAGUGUUAAGAUUUUGGUAAGGAAUUAUAAAUAGCCAGUUUACCAAACACUCUCUUUUCUGUGUUGAAGAAAAAGAAGUAACAAAAGCAAUAUAUUUAAUUUUGAUUCCUGUAAAUGAGAUAGUUUAUAUUUUUCUUUUGACUUGCUUGUCCAGUAGCUUCCAAUAGAAAAUGUAGUCGACACCAAAUAGAACAGAAGCUUCCUCACAGUUUUUGUAUGUAGACUAAUAUCAUCUAAUUGCUUAAGUUUCUAAUUUGUAGUCAAAAGGCAGCCUGUGCAGACUUACUGACUUUAAGAGAAAUACCAUCAUAUCUCAUCCUUCAAACCCAAUAAAAGAGGCCUUUACUAAAACAUGGUUUGAGCUUCAGGUGGGCUAUAGUUUUUGAGAACAUAGACACCUGUUUGAGCUCAGCACUCACCUGUCUCCGGAAAAGGAGUGUGUCCUUCGUACCCGUGAGUGUAUUGCAGGGCACUGAGCUGGGAUGAUGAGCAUUGGGGGAGUCUGGAAGAUGGAAAUGAGUUAGGACACUAGAAAAGUGUCCCCUCACUAGAUUCAUUGUAGGGAGAUCACUGUUUCCACUUUGCAUUUAGAAAAUCAGAUUGUUAAACAUGGUGGGUGGGGUGCUCCCUGGUUGCCUUCCCUGAGAUUGUUCUCCUUGAUGAGCCAGAAAAGGGUGUCUGGCUAUUAGGCUAUUAUUCUCUCUCUCUCUCUCUCUCUCUGGAGACUCAUAAAUGUCAUUUGUGCAGUAAGUUGACAAUUUCCGUUUUGGCUUUUUUUUUUUUUUUUUUUGAAUUCUCUUUUGCAGAUUCUGAACAUAUAGGGGAAAUCAUACCUAAACUUUAAUACCAGAUGCUAAACAAGGCACAGCCUAAAUUAGUAUAUAGCCACUGGUUUCUUUCAAAGCAAUUGGACUGUAUAUGAAGACCUCAUAAAUAGACUCCAGUCAUAGUACUCUCAGAGCCUGAGAAUGGUAAAAUUGCAGUUGUUAUACUUGGAAUUUGUAAUGAAUUUUGUAAUGCGGUGCGUUUUUCUGUUUCUUACCAAUUGGCCUCUAUUAAGAAUACUACCUGAAGUAGAAAUUGCCAUGAAAUUAGCAAUCAAAUUACUAUUAAUGGUUAGAAAUUUUGUCUAAAAUUCUCUUUUGGCCUUGAAUACCCAUUCGUAGGAGUGUUCGUGUAGCUUUUGUUGGAGAUGUCUUUGCCAGGAUGUAAUCUCACUCCUACCCUUGCCUCACUGCCUGACUCCCUCACACAUUGGCACACACGCUGUGUAUACACAGAGAACACCCUGUGUACACAGUAGCAGCUGGCAACAGUAUCCGCUCCAGAUGGGUGGGCCCCAGGUAAUCCUCUGCUGUGAAGUUACUGGAAUAGGCUGUUACUGCAUUAAAAGAGGGGAAGAAAGAAUAAUUUAGCAUCUGGUAAUAAUAUUUAUCUUCAUGAGUCUGGAGUAACCACGUGAAUGAUAAAGAGCUGAAAUUACAAAUUUGUAGCUAUAAAUUUGUAAGUUAUAAAAUUCAUGAAUUAUAAGUAGUUCAAGUUAAAAAUGAAGCAGAGGCCUAAGAGAGUUGUCGUCAUUUGUUGCACAUUAAAUAAACAAAUUAAGAAAAUUACAUUGAAUUACUUAAAACUAAAUUUAGUGCUGUGGUUGUGCCCUUCAAUGUAAAACUUCGUGUUUGAUGGAGGAACUUUAACUCGUUUUCUUUGGUACUGGAACUGGCCUUUCCUUCUUAAUCUUUAAUUGUUUUGUACUUCAUCUUUACUCCUACCACACUCCAGAAAUUGUCACAAAAUAGUACAAAACCUUUCUUGUUUGGUUGUUUAUUGAAUCUUAAAGAAGGGACAGCUUUUCAGAACAGGUAUGAAAUAGAUCUUCAAACGGAUAAAGAAAGAGCCCAUUAAAGACCAGCCAUGCAUUUGCUUUAUGAUACCCUAAGAAUGCCCACCAUAGAACCUUGAUUUGAAAUUUUCCUCCCCCCCCCCCCGCACC